UGUGUAGAGAAAUGUGAAAGGAAGAAGACUGAGCGGCAAAAAAAGAAUGUGAAAUUGGCGGGUUCCCAAGCUCAAACCCUAACGAGCAGUAGAAAGAAGAUUCUGAGAUUUCGUUGAUGUUGAUCGCAAAUAUGAGGUGCUCCAGAUGCUUCUACACUCGAGCACACUCUCUUCUCCUCCGAUCGUCCUCUUCCUCUCCGGUCACGAUUCCUUUUUCCCCCGUCCGCCUCCGUUUCCGCCGCCUCAGCUCCGUUUUCGACUCUGUCUCUGAUCAAACCGUCAAUUUGAUCUCAGACAUCGAUACAGAGAGACGGAAGACGACUCACGGAAUCGCAAAUGAAGGGAGUUUCAGCAGAGAAGACAAACCGGAGGAGAAAUCGAGAAAAUCCGCUGGUUCAAGUUCCGGUGGAUUCGCUCGGGGAUGGGAUCCUGGUGAAGUGGUUAUGAAUAAGAAGAAAGGUAAAGCGAAAAGCUGUUGGGUUUGUGAGAGCUGUGGGCAUUCGGAAGGGCAAUGGUGGGGAAGCUGUCGCGCUUGUAAUAAGGUUGGGACGAUGCGACGUUUCUCUGAAGGUCCUGAGUCUCGUGGGAAAGCUAGCGGCGGCGGCGGCGGCUCCGGUGUAUCGGAAGGUACUGGUUUGUCGUGGUUACCUGAGCAAGGAGUGGUGCAGCCACUCAAAUUGAGUUCUGUUAUUGAUGGGAUUACUCAGCAGCAAUGGCGGAUUUCACUGCCUGGACUUUUUGGGAAUGAAGUUGGGAGAGUGCUUGGUGGUGGUCUUGCACCAGGUUCCUUGGUUCUGAUUGGUGGUGACCCUGGUAUUGGCAAGAGUACCUUGUUGUUGCAGAUUGCAGCUAUUAUUGCCGAGGGGAAUGAUUUGGCCCAACCAGCACCGGUCUUGUAUGUCUCUGGUGAAGAGAGUGUAGACCAAAUAGGAAGUCGGGCUGACAGAAUGAAAAUUGAAACUGACGAGCUCUACCUAUUUUCGAGCUCUGAUCUCCAGGAUAUUCUAACAAAAGCUCAUCGGCUAUCUCCCCGAGCUCUCAUCAUUGAUUCAAUUCAAACGGUUUACCUAAAAGAUGUGACUGGAAGCGCUGGUGGUCUCACACAGGUCAAAGAGUGCACAUCAACCCUGUUGCGUUUUGCUAAGAAAUCUAAUGUACCUGUUUUCUUGGUUGGACAUGUUACGAAAGCGGGAGAUAUUGCAGGACCUCGUGUUUUGGAGCACAUAGUAGAUGUUGUCUUGUACAUGGAGGGUGAAGAACAUUCAACUUACCGCUUGCUUAGAUCUGUGAAGAAUCGGUUUGGGUCGACUGAUGAACUUGGAGUUUUCGAAAUGUCACAAUUUGGACUUGAAGUGGUCUCAAACCCUAGUGGCAUAUAUCUUAGUCAACAGAACACGGAUUCAGAUGUUCUUGCUGGUUUAGCUGUGGCAGUUGUUAUGGAUGGAUCUCGGAGUUUCCUUAUCGAAGUUCAGGCGUUGUGUGCGCCUGGGUCAACUGUUUCAAGGCAUGUCAAUGGUGUUCAAGCAAGCAGAGCUGACAUGAUAAUUGCAGUUCUUAUGAAGCAAGCUGGUCUCAGAAUUCAGGAAACUGGGAUUUUUCUGAAUGUUGCAAACGGAAUGGCUCUUUCCGAAACUGCUGGUGAUCUUGCAAUAGCAGCAGCAAUCUGUAGCAGUUUCUUGGAGUUUCCAAUUCCUCAUGGAGUCGCAUUCAUUGGCGAGAUUGGUCUAGGAGGCGAGAUUCGCACGGUACCGAGAAUGGAGAAAAGGGUAAGUACAGUGGCAAAGCUAGGGUUUACGAAAUGUGUGGUUCCACAAUCAGUGGAGAAGUCAUUGAAGGCGCUUGAUUUGAAAGAGAUUGAAAUAAUCGGAUGCAAGAAUCUGAAAGAUUUAAUCAAUUCUGUGUUUAGGUGAUAAUGAGAUAAAGCAGUUGAUCAAUUUUUAUGUUUGUCUAUGUAUCUUCUUCCCUUUUUUUUGCUCAUGACAACACUUUUCAAUAGUGGUGGACAAUCUAAUUAAACGGUUUAGAAGGUUUGGUUUUUCUAGUUUUUAAUUUUAUUAGUUUUAGAGAAUAUUACGGUAAACGGCUUGGUUCUUAUCGAGGAGCCAUUUGUAGCUUGGUUCGAUUUUAUGCAGUUUCAAUUUCUGGUCUA